UAAGCUAACCUUUUUUUAAAACACACACACACAGAGGCGCAAGUUAGAACAAGCCUCGCGAAUCUAUCUCUAUACCCUCCUUUACUGUAUCUAUAUAUCUGUAUCUAUCUGUGAACUCUGAAGUAACGAUGCAGACCAUUUCGAGGCGAUCCUUAUCCCUCUCUCAGUCAUCAAUUUACUCUCUCAGAUCAUCAAUUUCCCCUAUUUCCGAUCACUAUUACGGCGGCAGUGGCGGUUACGAUGACCGGCGUUACGCUUCAACUCUUACGACGAAAGGCGUUGGUCAUUUGGUCCGUAAGGGCACUGGUGGACGAUCAUCUGUUAGUGGAAUAGUUGCUACAGUAUUUGGAGCGACUGGUUUCCUUGGGCGUUAUUUGGUGCAAGAGCUUGCUAAGAUGGGUUCACAAGUGCUGGUGCCUUUUAGAGGUUCUGAGGAUUCACCUCGACAUCUCAAACUGAUGGGUGAUUUGGGGCAGAUUGUUCCCAUGAAAUAUAAUCCAAGAGAUGAAAACUCAAUUAAGGCAGUCAUGGCUAAGGCAAAUGUUGUAAUCAAUCUCAUAGGAAGGGAAUAUGACACUAGAAAUUAUAGUUUUGAGGAAGUCAACCAUCACAUGGCAGAACAACUUGCCAAGCUUUCCAAAGAACAUGGUGGAAUCAUGAGAUUUAUACAACUUUCUUGCUUAGGAGCCUCUAAAUCAUCUCCAUCCAGAAUGCUCCAAGCUAAAGCUGCUGCCGAGGAAUCCAUCUUACGUGAAUUGCCUGAGGCCACGAUACUGAGACCUGCGGUGAUGCUUGGCACAGAAGAUCGGAUCUUGAAUCCAUGGGCUCAGUUUGCUAGAAAAUAUAACUUUCUUCCACUUGUUAACCAUGGAUCUACCAAGAUUCAACCUGUGUAUGUUGCUGAUGUUGCUUCUGCAGUUGUUGCUACUUUGAAAGAUGAUGGUAGUAGCAUGGGAAAACUUUAUGAACUUGGUGGACCCGACAUAUAUACACUACGUGAAUUGGCUGAAAUUAUGUAUGAAGUUAUUCGAGAAUGGCCGCAUUAUGUUAAUGUUCCUUUUCCUAUUGCAAAGGCAAUCUCAACGCCUCGUGAUAUAUUGCUUAAUAAAGUUCCAUUCCCCUUGCCUUCACCAAGUAUUUUCAAUUUGGAUAUGAUCAAUGCUCUUUCCUCGGAUAAACUCGUCUCAGAAGAUGCUCUAACAUUUAGUGAUCUUGGCCUUGUGCCACAUAAGGUGAAGGGAUAUCCUAUUGAGUUCCUUAUUCAGUAUCGCAAGGGUGGGCCCAAUUAUGGUUCUACAGUCAGUGAAAGAGCGAAUCCAGAUUCUUAUCCUUGAGUUUUUUGGAUAUACAAUUUAUUAAGACGUGGUGUAUGAGCCAUCGGGUAGCUUCUAAUAGAGGUUUCCAAGUGCAUUUUGUUUUCCCGGGGACAAUGUUAGGGAGGAAUAAAAAGAUUUGAAUCUUUCUUUGUGAAACCAUUGCAUUAUUUGUAUAAUUCCGAAACUUUUUGUAUCCUCUUGUUAAAAUUAAAAAGAAGAAAGCGAAUGUUUUGGCUUCUCA